CGAAACAACGUCGAUCAGCUGAUCGCUGUCGUGUCGUUUCUGGUUCUAAGUUGCGUCUCCCAAGCUCUCGAAUAUUCAUUCAAUAAAAGUCCUCAAACCCCUCCCAAAGUGCGUGGAAUACCCAAGACCCAAAUCCGAGUGAAAAUUGAAAAGACAAAAAAAACCGCCCAAGUGCCAGAGCAGUUCCACCACUUGUUCUCCACCCAGUGCUAAACAGAAAAAAAAGGAAACAAUGAAAAAUCCUCAGAGAGAGGUGCUCUCCCCCUCGACUUAACUCCAAACACUCAAAAUCUAUUCCAAUUUUCCCCAAAUCGCUCUCACCAUGAAAAAAGUGAUGAAAACGUACUCUAACCCCAUCAGCUGCAUCCUCUCUCGUCAAAUAGAGGACAGAGUGGAUUUUUGCAAGCGUCUGGUUGACGAGAGGCUAGAGAAAUCGAAAAAUCUCUUCAGAAAGGAUUUGCUGUCGCAUUAUGGAUGCGUAAAUGCCAUCGAGUUCCUCAAAGAUGGUGACAUGAUUGUUUCUGGUGGUGAUGACAGACGAGUGCUCCUGUGGAAGGUCCAGCAGUCCCUACAGGGUGUCGGUCAACCAAUGGCAAUGAGAGCCCAACACGGGAGUAAUAUAUUUUGUCUCGGUCACGACAGCAGCAAUACAAAAAUAUUUUCAGCUGGUAAUGAUGAUCAAGUUAUCGUUCACGACAUGAGAACUGGUGAUCCAGUGGAUUUUUUUCUACAUGAGAAACCAGUCUAUGGCCUGAGCAUUCAUCCCUUCAAUGAUCACGUAUUCUCAAGUGCCUGCGAUGAUGGCCGAGUCCUGGUGUACGAUAUCAGGGAACCCAGUGGCAACGAGCCCUUCUGCUUGGCCCAGUAUAAAACUCCAUUUCACUCGGUGAUGUUCAAUCCCGUUGAGCCAAGAAAACUAGCCACUGCUAAUGCCGAGGAGGGCGUCAGUUUGUGGGACGUCAGAAAACCCCUGGAGCCUGUUCUUCGUUAUGGAUUUGAUGGAUCAACUCAGAGCUGCAUGAAUGUCAGAUUUAACUCGGCUGGAACGAAAUUACUGGCAUUAAAGAGAAGAUUACCUCCUGUUUUAUACGGCAUUGAUUCACCAGCAGUUCUCUGUCACUUUGAUCAGCCAGGGUAUUACAACAGCUGCACGAUGAAAUCGUGUUGCUUCGCAGGGAGGGACGAGUCCUAUGUCCUUUCAGGCUCUGAUGAUUUCAAUCUCUACGUUUGGAAAAUUCCGAAGAACGAUGUUACCUGGGUGGAAUCUGCUCACAUGAUUCUACGUGGACACAGAUCGAUAGUCAAUCACGUUCGAUAUAAUCCCAGACACUGCAUCCUCGCCUCAUCUGGCGUUGAAAAAAUAAUCAAAGUGUGGAGUCCUUUUUCUCUUGGUAAGGGAUGCAUGGGAGGACUGAGACAAUCGGAUGGAAAACUCGAGAAGCAACGACGUGUAUUCACCCACGAGGAGUAUCUCCGUCUAGUUCUUCAGAGUGGUCAGAUAAUGACCCACGAUUACAGUCAUCAGUCCACAAAAGAAGACCCGAGGAUGAUGGCCUUCUUCGAUUCCCUGGUCCAACGUGAAAUCGAGAGUUUUGCCUCUGAGGACAAUCCAACAUCCCAGAGAAGUCCCAGUGACUCUGAGAAUACUCCUUCGAAUCAACGAAAUCGUAAUGGAACAGAUUCUGAUGAUUCAACAGCAUCGGACACACAGCUUAUGAGGACUGUCCUGGGUGCAAAAACGUGCUCAAGAGACACUUCUAGUGGUGGAAUGGCGCCAGAACGUGUUUUCGGUUCGCCAAAUCGGAUAACGAGACUAAUACGAAGCUGUCGAGAUCAACUGAUGCGUUUGGCAGCUCUGGAGAACGAGGCAAUAGCCUGCAGGACUGAGAAUUCUCCCCAGAAGUGUAGGAAUUCCUCGGAGGAUCCCACAGACUCAGGGGGUGUCUCUCCCACACCCAAAACUACCCUGAAGCUGCGACUGAAGGGUGUGAAACGAAAACAGAAUAGAAUAUCCACUCGAAGAAGUAAAAUCCGUAGGAAAUGCACAAUCCUGAAAGCUCCGACUGAUUCAGGGAGUGAUUUGGAGUGUCUUCCAGGGCCAAAUCGUCGGAAAAAUGAGACUGAGGUGGUGGAUACGACACAGCCCAGCACCAGCACUGGCUCCAGGGGAAGAUGGCCAAGGACUGUGGCUGGAGACAGCGAUCCUGGGGCUUCAAACGUCAGUAGCGAUGAAAUCAAUGCGAGGAAGAGUCCUGGUGACAACAAACGUCCUGGUAGGUGCAAAAAUUCAAGAGAACACCUGGUGAAUGGUGCUGGGGACGAUGUGACGCCUCUCAAAGGGACUCACACGACUCCAAUGACUCCUGACAGUGGAAUGCAGUCUGGAAUUUCCACUGUUGAGAAAGCCAGGUGCAAUGGGGGAAGCUCUGAUGAGAGGAGUCUCCGGAAUCUCGAGAGGUUCAGGAAGAGAGUGGAUGUCGCCAGGAGAGGCUACAGGAGGAGAGCCAGACAAGAGGAGAGUGAUUCUUCGGAUUGAGGGAGUGAUUUUCAAUGAUUAUAGACUCCAGGUUCUUUCCAGGAAAAUUCUGCAGUGGAAUGACGUAAAUUAUCUAGUUUCUCGGAGAUGUCUUUGAACAUUUAUUGAAGAAAUUAAAUAAUUUACAUCGUUUUGCCACUUCACUGCAGAUUUAUUCUCGGGAGUUUUAAGAUUGAGGGGUGAAGAACGGGAAGAACUUCAACGAAAUCCGAAGAUUUUCGAUAAUACAUUGUAAAUAGCAACAACAAUCGCUUUUUUCGAUAUUUUUUUUACUUCGUCAAUUGAUUUUGAGAUUUAUUAGUUCGGAUUUUUCUAGGGGCGCCGCUCCACUACUGAUUAUUCGUUACAACUUCCAUUACUUUUUUAAUUGAUUUUUUUUUCUCUCCCAGUAAUUAAGUGCGUUCGAUUGCCAAUUAAUGAUUUAUUGGGGUACGUGGAUUGCCCCGAUCGAUGGAAAAAUGAUAUAUUUCAAUUGAAUUCGAAGACUCCUAGGUUAAUCAUUACGUUAUCGUGUGAAAGAAAAAUAAGUCUGAGACACUUGUGAUUAGCUAAAUUCGAUAAAAUACCCCAGCACCAUGUAUAGUAGUUAUCAUAGGCCAGAUGAAGUGGCUCGUCUCCUGUGCAUGCCUGAUGCUCCAUAAUUCAUCGAUUUGUCAGACUUUGGAUUGUUCGAUGGCGAUACAUUAUUUUUCUGAUUACAGCUACUUGUUGAUUAAGUGAUUAUAUAUUUAUACGUCAUUAUGAUUGAGUAAUUGAAUAAAUAAUUUCAAGACAA